GUCGCUAUGGAUUUCUCAGGAGGCUUCAUGUCGGUUAUUUUAAUGCUUCUUUGUUUAUGGGAGGUGUCAUCUGGUCAGAUUGUGUAUUCCGUUUCAGAGGAAGUGAAAAAGGGGACGGUUGUCGGGAACAUCGCUAAAGAUUUGAACAUUAAUGUGCACGACUUGGAAUAUCGACUGUUUCAGAUCGUGUCUGGAUCCAAUAAGAAGUAUUUCGAUGUGAAUCUGAAGACGGGCGCGCUGUUCGUAAGUGAGCGAAUUGACCGUGAGGAAUUUUGCACCGUAGACCAGAAAUGCGUCUUGAAUAUUGAGGCCCUUGCUCAGAACCCUCAUCAUCUUUACAGGAUUGAGAUAACGAUCGUGGACAUAAAUGAUAACGCACCUCAUUUCCCUCUUGACACGUUCAAGCUGAAUAUUACCGAGAACGCAAGCCCUGGAGAAAGGUUUCUUCUUCCGGUAGCCGAGGAUGAUGAUAUAGGCAGCAAUGCGCUGAAAGAUUAUAGGCUGAGUACGAAUGAGUUCUUCUCUGUAGAUGUACAGAAUGAUGAGCAGAGUGUGUCGGCUGAGUUGGUGCUGCAAAAGGCUUUAGACAGAGAAAAACAAUCGUCUCUUCGCCUGCUGCUUAGCGCUCUGGAUGGAGGAAAACCUCCCAAGUCUGGGACCUUGAAUAUAAUGAUAGACGUCAUAGAUGUCAACGACAAUAGUCCAGUGUUUAGCAUGCCUCUUUAUAAAGUAAAAGUGAAAGAAAAUAUUUCAUUAGGGAGUAAAAUUCUGUCUGUCUCCGCCUCUGAUUUAGAUGAAGGCAUACAUAGUGACAUAGUGUACUCGAUUCUAGGACACGGGAAGUCAAAGAAAGAUUUGUUCACCAUAAUCCCUGAAACUGGACAAAUUGUAGUAAAUGGACAACUUGAUUAUGAAGAAAAUCGAGCGGUUGAGUUGAGAGUUCAAGCAAGAGACAAAGGUAGUCCUCCUCAAAGCACACACUGUAAAGUUUUAGUUGAAGUUUUAGAUGAGAAUGACAAUGUUCCGGAAAUUAAAACCACUCCAUUACUAGACAGCGUAAAAGAGAACACUAAACUUGGGACUGCUGUUGCUUUAGUUACAGUCUCUGAUAAUGAUGGAGGCAAAAAUGGCGUUGUGCACCUUUCAAUCAAGGGCUCUUUUCCUUUUAAAUUAGAGCUAUCGUAUAAAAACCACUACUCUGUGCUGGUAGAUGGGCCUUUGGACAGAGAAAAUAUUUCUCAGUAUAACAUUCCUCUUGCGGCUGUAGAUGAAGGAGCUCCGCCUCUUUCCAGCAGCGCUAUAAUAACUGUCAGUAUUGCUGAUGUUAAUGAUAACGCUCCACGUUUCCUAACACCACUUGUAAACGCAUAUAUAAGAGAAAACGGACAGGUUGGAGAGCGUGUGGUGAAAGUUUUGGCAGAGGAUUCAGAUCUUGGUAGAAACGCUGAACUUUCAUACUCACUGUUAGAGAAUUCCAGCGGCGGGGUUCGAGUGUCACACAUGAUAAACGUCAAUUCUGUGAAUGGUGAAAUAUACACCACGCAAUCUUUUAACUACGAAGAAAUAAAACGGCUUGAGUUUAUAGUAGAGGCUACAGACUCGGGAGUUCCUCCUUUAAGUAGUAACGUGACUGUAAAUGUUUUUAUCCUGGAUGAGAAUGACAACAGUCCUGUUUUUCUCCCUCCUUAUUCUGAACCUGGAUCAGUGAACACUGAGAACAUUCCCUACUCUGCUGAAGCGGGCUAUUUUGUGGCUAAAGUCAGAGCUGUAGACGCUGAUUCAGGUUAUAAUGCACUAUUAUCUUAUCACAUAAGUGAAGCAAAGGGAACGAAUCUCUUCCGAAUCGGAACCAGCACAGGAGAAAUAAGGACUAAAAGACGAAUGAGUGACAAUGACUUAAAAACUCACCCGCUUAUCAUUACUGUCUCGGAUAAUGGAGAAACUUCACUGUCCACAACUAUGAGUAUUGAAGUUGUGGUUGUGGAAAAUAUGGACAGGCUGCAGCCUUCACUAAGACAAGUGCCAGUGAAGGAGGAGAAUUUCUCUAAUCUGAAUCUCUAUCUGCUGAUCACUAUUGUCUCAGUGUCAGUGAUAUUUUUACUGAGCCUCAUCGCUUUAAUAGCAGCUAAAUGCUACGGGACAGACGGAGGUUUCAGCAGGUCCAGCGCUCCAGUGGUCACUACACACCCUGACGGGAGCUGGUCUUACUCUAAAUCCACUCAGCAGUAUGAUGUGUGUUUUAGCUCAGACACACUGAAGAGUGACGUAGUGGUUUUCCCCUCGCCGUUUCCGCCUGCAGACGCAGAGCUGAUCAGCAUUAAUGGAGGAGACACUUUUAACAGGACACAAACUCUUCCGAGUACUACAAAGGUAAGGUUCAAUAAAUUUUGAAUUUUGGGCCACGUGAUCUUAAUUCGUGUAUAAAAUAAUCUUUCAUCGACAUCGCAGCCUUCAAGAGCGUUCGGGCUUUCUGUCUAUUUGUGUUUGCUCUUUUGCAUGACGUCACGAUUUAAAAGAUACACUGUCUAGGGAGGGCUUUUGCAUUUGUAAGUAUUCUAUAUGUUUUAUUUUAAUUUUUAUGUUUUUGGCUGGUACAAUCCUCUGUUUAUUUUGUUUCAGGUUCAAGAGACUGUUUCCUCGUGGCUUAGAAGUAAUUUUGAGUAAUUUUGAAUAUAUAAAAUAAAAACUUUUAAAUUUGGAGAGAGUCAGUGAGUGAUCUUGACAUUUUCUUGAAUUAGUCCCGACAGACAAUAUAUUUUCCCCCUCACAAUAUGUUUUAGCCUUUAGUCUUCUGGUAAAUAUUACAAACAAUGUUGAAACAUAUCUAUGUGACAUCUUGUACACAUAGAAAAGUGGGCAAACUAAAUAAUCGCUUUACCUAUUCACUGAUAUAAACUACAUCAUUCCAAAGAACUUUGUGUAUUUUCGCUCUCCACAAUUAACCAGCAGCUAAAAUAUUUUUUAACACUGAUAAAAUAUUAUUAAAGUAUAAAACUACUGCUGCAUAUUUAAAAAGAUCUUUAGAUACUAAAAGACGUCAUUUCCUACGCUGUAGGGAAAAAUGCUCUUUUUAAAAAUGACAUAUAAAUCAGCAUAUUUAAAU